AUGCAACUCCAGAAUUCUUCAAUGAUUUUGCAGUUUUCAACAGUGCGGACAGAAGAUGAAUAAAAUACAGUAAUCCGAUGUCCUAUCAAGAAAAUCGCAAAAUAUCGUGAGUUUUCUUCAAUGAUUUUCAGAAGAUCAGCUAAUGUUUGCAAUUUUUCAGAUUUGAAUCAGCUUCAAAAGCUAUCCGAGAGUUCAACUCUCAAAUUUUGCUCAAAAACCGGGAAUUUCAAGGUAAGUUUUUUUUAAAUUAAUUUUUUUGAGUCGAAAAAUCAGACACAUUUUCAGGAAUUCUUCAAAUUAAUUGCGAUGAACUUUGGAAGUUCUAAAACAUCCAAUUGCAACAACUUGAAGACUAACUUCAGGACACCUUCAAAAAGUCCAAAAAUUUGCCCGAUUCCGAAUCGAUUGACGAUUAAUCAGAAGAUCAUUGUUUUUCUCGUACGACAAGCGAAUUUUCGAAGUUUCAAACUUCUUCAUCCAAAGAUGCUCGAUUUUUGAUGGAUAUGAGCUGCAUUCAGAUAUUGUAUGCUCACCGAAUCCAACUCCCGAAUUGUUCAAUGUUUUUGCGAUUUUCGAAUGAUCGGACAGAAGAUGAAUCGAAUACAGUAAUCCGAUGUCCUAUCAAGGAAAUCGCAAAACAUGGUAAGUUUUUUCAAUAAUUUCUAGAAGAUGAAUUAAUUUUUGCAAUUUUUCAGAUGUAACUCAGCUUCAAAAGCUAUCCGAGAGUUCAACUCUCAAAUUUUGCUCAAAAACCGGGAAAUUUAAGGUAAGUUCUUUUUCCUUGAUUUCUUUCAGUUUAAAAAUCAGACAAAUAUUUCAGGAAUCACAAUGAAGUGUUACAACAACUUCAGGACGGGGAAGCGAAUUUUGAAGUUCCAAACUUCAUCACCCAUCGAUGUUUGAUUUGAGAAGAUCACAAAAUCAUCUGAGUCCUUCUGAAGCGAUUCGAGAACUCUUCUGAUAAAUAAUUUCAUGUGAAUGUAAGUUUUGGCUCGAAAUUUUGCUGCGUUCACCAAAAAUAUCUAUUUUUUCAGAUUCCCUGUCAAAUGCUGUCAAUCAUAUUUUUUUCAUUAUCAACUGAUCUACAUCUUCUUUCUAAACGUAAGUUGACAAAAAUAUCAAUUUUUCAUCUCAAAAUCCGAUUUUUCAGAAGAUCUACUUCUACAACAAUAUAUUUCGUCUUCAAAACAAAAAGGAUACUGUAGGUUAAUUUUUUUCUGUAUGUUCAUUUUUUCAUGUUUCCCCCUCAUUUUUUGGCUGAAAAUUUGGGUAGAAAAUCGAAUUCAAAAUUCGUUUUUCUUUUGCAAUCCCCAGACUUUCAAAUGAUUUGCACUUUGAAUUUUGUCGCGAAAAUUACCCGGGAUUUUGAGAGGUUAAAAAAUGGGCGGUCACUUUUUACGUUGGGAAUUCUAAGAGUCUAGUCAAAAGCUGGGAAAAAUUGAUGGGUUUUUUCUGAAUUUUUGGGUGUUUUUCUGGGGGAUUUUAGGGGGAUUUGGGAGUGGGAAAUUAAAUGGGCGGCGGGAGAAUUUGUAGGGAAUUUGGGAGAGGAGGAGGUGGAUUUGGUCUGGGAUGAAUUUAGGGAGUACGAUUUGUGAGUUAGGGUAAGUUCUAAGGCAGGUAAGUUUGUGUUUGGGUAGAAGAAGGAUUUAGGGAACCUUUUUUUCUAGAAAAAAAAUCAUUGAAAGAAUUUGCUUCUGUCCUUGUCCAUGUCCAGUUUUUGUCCCUGUCUUUGUCUUUUUUUUUUGUCCCGCGUCUCCUUGUCUUUUUGCACCCUUGGAGCAGGUUUGAUUUUUGAUUUUUUUUUAUUCGGAAAAAUAGUUUACUAUUCAGAUUUCUGAUAUUUUUACCCAAACACUUAGGUUUCUCUUUUUCAGAUGAUCUCACAAAUCUGAAAGAUCAAAAAUUCCAAAAUAAAUCCACCAAGCCCUCCUCAAAUUUUCCUAUAAAUUAUCUCAAAACUUAUUUGAUUUCUCAUAACUUGGUCACUUUAAUUUUCCCCGGGAGAUUCUCUGAAAUUUGGGAAGAAUUUCAUCGAUUUUUCCCCAGGGGAUGACGAAACUUUUCGAAUUUCCAAAAACUAGUGAAAUCUCAUAAACUUUUCAAAAUUCCGGGUGAUUUUUGUGAUAUUAUUUGAAGUGGAAAUCAGGCGAAACUGGGGGUUUUUUAGUGUUUUUUUUCGAGUUUUCUAUCUGGAAUUUCAGCCCCCCUUCCCCCUUUUCUUGUAUUUUUCGUUCGCUUUAUUUUUUGGUUGUUUUUCUAUUAUUAAAGUUAUAAUAGAAAACUUGAAUUUUGUGUUUUUUUUUAUUCAAAAGUUUGAAAAACUUUCAAAAUAUCUUUUUUUUAAAUAUGAUUUCAGAGUUUUUUCUUCAAUUUUCUCGGAUUUUCAAAAGGUAUUUAUAUGUUUUAUGUUCACUUUGCACCCUUUAUGUUUUCAGUUUCGACGGAUUUUGGAACACCAAGAGCACCUUUUGCACUAGAUAUGUGUUAGAAUUGGAGCAACUUGUGCCAAAAAUCUUGGAAUAUUCGAAGAAACAUCGAAGUCUACUGAAGAAAUGGAUUGGACUCGAUGGCUCAACAAAUUUGGCUUAUUCUACUCGUUGGUUGGAAAUGUGAUUUGUGAUUCUACAAAAAUCAGGUAAGAAUUUUAAAGAUUUGGCCCCAAAAAGUUAAAUUGAAUUCCUGAAAUAUCCAGUUUAAAUUGAUAAAAUUUAGUUUCUCUUGGUUUUUUCACUCAAAAAAAUCAUGAAGAACUGAAUUUUAUCAGUUUCAAAUUGGAAUUUCAGCGGAGAUGCGGAAGCUAUGCCCAAUUUUUGAAUUUUUAUUCAAAAACUCAGUUUCUUUCUCUCAAAAUUCCAUUUAGGUUCCAACUUUCCGAAAAAAAUAACAGAAGAAAAACUAAUCCAAACUUUAAAUACUCUUAAUUCAUUACUUUUCUGUUGGAAAAGAUUACUGAUCUUCAAAAUUCUAAAAAAAAUUUAUCAUAUUUUUUUAACCUAUUUUUCGUGGAUUUUUCUAGUGCUCAAUGUUUCUUUUGCUAUUCAACAAAAACCACAGUAAUCUUUUGUUGUCAAAAAUUAAGUUCAAUUCAAAUAUUGAAAAACAACAUCCAUAAAAACUAUCAAAUUUAGCUUCGUUUUUUCAGAUUUCAUCAUUCUUCCAACUUCUUCGAUUUCAUCUUCAAUUAUCAGCCAAAAAUUGGGAACUUUUUGGUGAGUGAAAAUAAUUCUAAAAUUCCACGAAAAACGUGACCUAAUUUUAAAUGCCCUAUUUAUUUAUCUCUCACAAUCAAAUUAUUUUCCUCUUAUGGUUAAACCAUAAAUGGCAGAAAUUAUCAAUUUGUGAGUUUUCCUUUUCCCAGGCUAACCAAAAUAUGCCCAGAAAAGUUUUUCAUUCCAAAAUGAUGACAAAUCGAAGAUUUCAAAGCUUCUCAUGUGAUUUCUAAUGAAAAUUUGAUCUUGGAAUCCAGUUUUCAGAAAUUUGUGCUCAUUUUCUCCAUACAAUUCAAUUUGUCAUCAUUUUUGAGUGAAAAAACUAAUUUUGACCUACCCCGAAAAUUUUUGACCAUUUGAAUGUGUAUUGAUUUUUUUGAUGUGACAAAAAACAUGUUUUUUUUUCAUUUUCUAUUCUUAAAAAUUUACAUUUUUCAGGUUUUCGAAGCAACAAAUAAUGAUGAUAAUGUUGCUCAAUUUGUUCUAUUUUCGAUCAAUAAUCAUUCAAGAUGUGGAAUUUAUUGGAAAAAUCAUGGAAACCUGGAUAAAUUCAUUUGAUUUGAAGAAAAAGAGGAUAAAAUUAUGAUGAGAUUGGGUGUUUUGAUGGAAAAAGAAGAAGCAAAUUUGGUACCAGAAGAUCAAUUUGAUAUUGGAAAUGCCGAAACUCAUAUGGUUUUAUCAGUUUACACAAAACUGUGAAAGGUGAAUGCGAUAUUUAAAAAAAUGAAUUGAAGUUCUGAAAUUUAUAGAGAAUUUCAAUUUCAUUUUUCUCAAAAUCUUCAAAAAUUCCAAAUUUUUCCCGCAAUUCCUUCAAUUUUCGGUCGAAAAAUCGAUUUUCCUGAUUUUCGACAUGCAAAUAUCCAGGUUUUUGACAAAAAAUUUGGAAUCUAGAGUGAUUAUUCAAAAAUUCAUUCAAGAGAGACUUUCCCUUGAAAUUUGUUCAGUACCAAAAAUCUGAAAAAUUGAAUUUUGAAAAAAAUUGAAAUUUUCUUUUUUUGCAAGAUGAGAAAUUUGAUGAUUUUAUUCAUCGAAUUCAAGAAAAACCUGAAAUUUCAAGAGAAAUCUGAUUCUUGAUAUAAUUUUGAUCAUUUUGACCCUAGAGAACCUGAAACUUAUAAAAAUCGAGAUUUUUGAACAAAAAUUCGGAAAAUUCACUUGGAAUUUGAAAAAAACUUGCAAUUUAAGUAUGAAAAAUCUGAUUUUUGAGCUCAGAAACGCUAAAAUUGAUGAAAUUACAUUUCUUCUUUGAAAAUUUCGAAUUUUUACCCAAAACCUUUCCCGGAAAUUUAUUUUGAGCUUGAAAAAACGAAUUUCAGGGUGAAAUCGGAACCUGGAAGUUCUAUAGAUUCUAAAUUGAUAAAUUCAUGAUUUUCAUCAACACAUUCUUCAAAAAUCCAAAUUUUCCCCGCAAUUCCUUCAAUUUUCGGUCGAAAAAUCGAUUUUCCUGAUUUUCGACCUCUGAAAGAAUUGAAAUAUAAGAUUAGCUCGAAAUGCGUACUGUACUGUUUUUGGAACUAAUUUUUUUGACUGGAAAUUUGGGAUAUUUUGUGAUUUUUGACCCUCAAAAAAAUGCUUCAGAAGCUCUAAAAAAUUCAAUUUUUGCAGCUGAUCCAAAUCUUCCAAUCAAUACAGUCGGUGUUCCACGAACAAUUGCACAAAAUCUGAAAUUUCCCGAAAUUGUCACUGGAAGAAUUGGUAAAUCGCGGAGAUAAUCAAUAUCCGAGAGCCAAUUCGAGAAAGAACUCGUGUCGAUUUGAGAUAUCAUCCAAGAGCUGCCGAUUUGCAUUUACAACCAGGUUAUCGUGUUGAAAGACAUAUGAAGGAUGGUGAUAUUAUUGAAAUGUCUAUGAUGGGACAUCGGGUUAAGGUUCGGAUUUUUGGGGGGAGAAAUUUGGUGGAAAAUAAUUGAAAAUUCGAUAUAUUGAACUAUCAGGUUCAGAUCUUCAACGUGAAAUUCAAUUUUUGGGUGAAAAAAAUAGAAUUGUAA